AUGACAAUCAAAAGUAAUUUUUCUAAUUUAACGAGAGAAGCACCAGAUCCAAUCGUGGAAACCAUGACCAUGUAUGCACAAGAUACUUCUCCAGAUAAGAUUGAUGUAUCGAUAGGUGUAUACAAAGGAGAGAAGGGAGAGUCAUAUGUUUUUCCUGCGGUGUCUAAGGCUAAGAAGCACUUAUUUGAAAAUGAUCCGGGACAUAGCUAUACCAAUAUGGCAGGUAUUCCAGAAUAUACGAGCGGAGCACGUAAGGUUGUGUUUGGAGAAAAAUAUGGUACCGAAGGAAAGAUUGCAUCGUUACAGACUAUUUCAGGGACAGGGGCUUGCCAUAUGGCAUUUCUUCUUCUUCGUGAAGCGGGGCUCACUAACUUCUAUGUUGGUACACCAUGUUGGUCGAACUAUGGGCCAAUGAUUACGCAUGUUGGCUCAAAAUACUCCACAUACACUCACUAUGACGAAAGUCUCCGUGGGAUUGAUUUUGAUGCUGUUCUUGAGGCACUUCAGAAUGCACCAUCAAAAUCUGUAUUCUUAUUUCAAGCGUGUUGUCAUAACCCUACAGGAGCGGAUUUUUCCAAAGAUCAGUGGAAGCAAAUUGCUUCAAUUGUUAAGUCCAGAGAUAUCUUCCCUGUUUUUGAUAUUGCAUACCAAGGAUUUUCAAGCGGCGAUAAGGAUGUUGAUGCCUGGCCUGUGAGGUAUUUCUACGAGCAAAAUUUAGAAUUUUUAGUUUGCCAAUCAUUCUCCAAGAACAUGGGAUUAUACAGUGAAAGAGCAGGAUGUCUUCAUGCUGUGGUACAAGAUACGGAUUACGUUCCAAACGUGCAAAGUCAACUUGUGGCACUCUUUAGAUCGGAGUGCUCUUUUGCUCCAGCAUAUGGUGCAAGAAUUGCCAGUAUUAUCAUCAACGAGCCUGGAUUAGAAAAUCAGUGGGGCCAAGAAGUUUCCGAUGUGACCACAAGAUUGAAGAAUAUUAGAAAGCAGAUUUUGGAUAAAUUUCUCGAAUUAGGUACUCCUGGUAAGUGGGAUCAUGUAGUAAAGCAGCAAGGGUUGUUUUGGUAUUCUGGAUUAUCACCCGAACAAAACGAUAAGCUUAUAGAAGACCAUCAUAUUUAUUCAACUUCAAUUGGCAGAGUUAAUAUUGCCGGGUUAAAUGAAAGUAGUGUUGAUAAAUUUGUUGGCGCCAUUGACAAGGUUGUCAGAGAUUCUAUUGGUUAA